GCGAGACUGCGCGAGGCUGCGCAGCGCCGGGGACCCAGGGCGCCGGGAGGUGGGUUCCCCUUCGCACACACAAUUCCAGCCGCCCCGAGCAUCGCGUCCUGCUGGACGACAGUGACAACCCAGAUGGUGGGCUGCGGGCGCGUCUCGCUGCGGGAGGCAGAGGACUAGGCGCCCCAAACCUCAGAAUUUGGGGGAAGGGGUCUUAAGAGGGUAGAUCAUGGUGGGUAGGGGCCGGGUCUCCGGAGGGCAGAUUUGAAGAUUGCGCGCUGCCCUCCCAGAGCCGCAUCUCGAGGUCCCUUAAGCUUGGGGAGCCCGGGACCCCUGGAGAGUGCGGCGUGCGCGCCCCAGGCAGGGGCUGGCAGUGUCCCCCGGUCCCUGGAUCGGGAUUGGUUCUGGGUUGGAUUGGGUACCGGGUCCUGUGAGCUUGGAGGGCGAGUCGUCUGGCGGCCGGGAGCGCCCCAGCUUGGAUGCCAGCGUGUUGCUUUGUGGGGAGGUGUGCCCCCUCCCCGAGCAGAGGAGGUGCGCACCUUUGACCUUUCUGAGGAGCCACGCUGGGUGGGGAACCUGAGGAAGGAACAAGUACCAAGGGGCUAAAUUCAAACCAGCCUCAUUUCUCGGCCUGCCACUCCUUAACUGCUCAAGGAAAAACUGCAUAGAAAAUCUAAUGGAUGAAGAUGAGAAAGAUAGAGCAAAGAGAGCCUCUCGAAACAAGUCUGAGAAGAAACGUCGGGACCAGUUCAAUGUUCUCAUCAAAGAGCUCAGCUCCAUGCUUCCUGGCAACACGCGGAAAAUGGACAAGACCACCGUGCUGGAAAAGGUCAUCGGGUUUCUGCAGAAACACAAUGGUAAAGAAGUCUCAGCACAAACGGAAAUCUGUGACAUUCAGCAAGACUGGAAGCCUUCAUUCCUCAGUAAUGAAGAAUUCACUCAGCUGAUGUUGGAGGCACUAGAUGGCUUCAUUAUCGCAGUGACAACAGAUGGCAGCAUCAUCUAUGUUUCUGACAGUAUCACGCCUCUCCUUGGGCAUUUACCGUCGGAUGUCAUGGAUCAGAAUUUGUUAAAUUUCCUUCCAGAACAAGAACAUUCCGAAGUUUAUAAAAUGCUUUCUUCCCAUAUGCUUGUGACGGAAUCCCCCUCCCCAGAAUUCCUAAAAUCUGACAACGAUUUAGAGUUUUAUUGCCAUCUUCUCAGAGGCAGCUUGGACCCAAAGGAAUUUCCAACUUAUGAAUACAUAAAAUUUGUAGGAAAUUUUCGAUCUUACAACAAUGUGCCUAGCCCCUCCUGUAACGGCUUUGACAACGCCCUGUCAAGACCUUGCCGCAUGUCACUAGGGAAGGAGGUCUGCUUCAUCGCCACUGUCCGCCUGGCAACACCGCAGUUCUUAAAGGAAAUGUGCAUAGUUGAUGAACCUUUGGAGGAAUUCACUUCAAGGCAUAGCUUGGAAUGGAAAUUUUUAUUUCUGGAUCACAGAGCCCCUCCCAUCAUAGGAUACCUGCCCUUUGAAGUGCUGGGCACCUCAGGCUAUGACUACUACCACAUCGACGACCUGGAGCUCCUGGCCAGGUGCCACCAACACUUGAUGCAGUUUGGCAAAGGGAAAUCGUGCUGCUACCGGUUUCUGACCAAAGGUCAGCAGUGGAUUUGGCUGCAGACCCACUACUACAUCACCUACCACCAGUGGAAUUCCAAACCCGAAUUCAUCGUGUGCACGCACUCGGUGGUCAGUUAUGCGGAUGUCCGGGUAGAAAGGAGGCAGGAGCUGGCUUUGGAAGACCCGCCCCCCGAGGCCUUGCACCCCUCCGCCAUGAAGAUGAUGCAUGGACAGCCACCUACCCCAGGACACCCGAAGGUUGUCACUCACAAAGCUGGGUUAGAAGCAGCCACUGGACAUAAGGACAAGGGCUCCAGCCACGAUCCCCAGCAGCACUUUAACGCUCUCGAUGUGGGCGCCGCAGGCCUGAAUGCCAGUCCCUCGCCAUCAGUGUCCUCAAGGAGCUCCCACAAGUCCUCGCACACAGCCAUGUCCGAACCCGCCUCCACUCCGACCAAGCUGAUAGCAGAGGCCAGCACCACCGCUUUGCCAAGAUCAGCCACACUACCCCAAGAGCUGCUGGUGCCCGGGCUCGGCCAGGCAGCCACGAUGCCGGCUCCUCUGCCUUCCCCACCGUCCUGUGACCUCACGCAGCAGCUUCUGCCUCAGACCAUUCUGCAGAGCCCACCUGCUCCCAUGGCACAGUUCUCGGCCCAGUUCAGCAUGUUCCAGACCAUCAAGGACCAGCUGGAGCAGCGGACGAGGAUCCUCCAGGCCAACAUCCGGUGGCAGCAGGAAGAGCUUCACAAGAUCCAGGAGCAGCUCUGCCUGGUCCAAGACUCCAACAUCCAGAUGUUCCUGCAGCAGCCGGCUGUCUCCCUGAGCUUCAGCAGUGCCCAGCGGCCCGAGGCUCAGCCGCAGCUGCAGCAGAGGCCGGCCACAGUGUCUCAGCCUCAGCUUGUGGCCAGCCAGCAACUUUCAGGACAGAUGGCUUCAACCCAGGUCACCAACCAGCACCUGCUCAGAGAGUCGAGUGUAAUAUCCACCCAGGGCCCGAAGGCAAUGCGGAGUUCCCAGGUGAUGCAAGGCAGCAGCCGUCCAGUGAGCAGCCUGACGCCCCAGUUCAGCAGCCCAGCCGCUCCGGGCCUGAGCCUGACCGCACCCGCUGCCGCCUCCCAGGACGCCAGCCAGUGCCAGCCCAGCCCCGACUUCAGCCACGACAGGCAGCUCAGGCUGCUGCUGAGCCAGCCCAUCCAGCCCAUGAUGCCUGGCUCCUGUGACGCCAGGCAACCCUCCGAGGUCAGCAGGACCGGACGGCAAGUCAAGUACGCACAGGCCCAGGCUGUGUUCCCGCAUCCAGACUCACGCCCCACCAGCAGCAGCGCCUCGACCCCCAUCCUGCUGAUGGGGCAGGCAGCGCUUGCCCACAGCUUCCCUGCCUCCCAGCCGGCUCCCCUGCAGGCCCAGCCGCAGCCGCCACACCACCUACAGGCAUCGACCUCUCUGCACAGUGAGCAGCCGGACUCGCUCCUCCUCUCCACCUACGCCCAGCAGCCCGGGACCCUGGGCUACACCCCGCCGCCCCCCGCGCAGCCGCAGCCCGCGCGCGCGCCCCGCAGGGUCAGCCGGCUGUCCGAGUCGUCGGGCCUCCAGCCGCCGCCCCGAAUUCCUGGAUGGUAACCAUCCCCGCGGAGCGCAGCGACGGGGACAGUGGAGCGCAGAUCAGGAAUGCUGGCCCUGUCCCCCUGGCCGCCAGGGUUCCCGGGCGCCCUCCACCGCCAUACGGGACGGGAACUGAACGCCCCGGGGAGGCCCGGAAACCCAGUUUACCCGCGGAGACGGCGCCCCUCGCGCACCCCCGCAGCGCGCACCGCCGCCCGGUGCACCCGCGCCCUAGCUGGCCUUCACUCUCCCGAUCAUCUUUCCUUUGCAUUGGAGAAGGACUGGGUCAGAGAUCUGUUGGGGAGAGAGAGAGAAAGAGAUUAUUUUUCAUUAUUUUUAAAAUGGUUGCUUUUGUUUUAAUUUGCACAGCUGCACAGAGGAAAUAACUUAGGCACUUUAUGUUUUUAAAAAUAAUAAGGUCUCAUGACUUCAUUUGGAGCCCACAUUAACAAAAACAGCCCACCAGUCAGCGAAGCUGGUUGUUAUUAACCAAGCUGCAGAUUCACACCCUCUGCCUAGAUCCUAAGGAGGCUUCACCCAGUUCGCUCCUAGUGGUGAUUGUCCCCACCCACCCACCUACCCACACAUAACACUGGACUGUUUCCUGUUUACUUCCUUGAUUGCAACUACAAAAGUGGACUCAAAGUCAAGCACAAUUUUGCGGCUGAUUUUCCAGAAUUCUGUAGAGAACGCUAAGACUUAGGAGGGAAGAGGUUUCAUAAGCCAAGCAGCCUGGGGGGCUGCAGUCCCCGGGAACCCCCACCACGUGUUGGCCCUGAGUGCGAAUGCUGCAUCUUCCUACAUAUCUUUCAUGAUAAUUCUGAGGAUUGGAUUUUUCCUUUUCAAAAUGCACUUUGCUUUUUUUGUAUGUUUUGUUAUGUUGAGAUGUUUCUAAAGAAGAGAUUUUAUGUAAUUAUGAGUGUAGUGAAUUGUACAGCUGUUGUAAUAAUUACCUAUUUCUAUAUAAAAUAAAAUUGUACGGAUUAUGUGUAAAUUAUUUUGUAUCUGAGACGCCAGUUCCUUCCCCAAAUAUAAAAAGUAUAAAAAGUUUUCCUGUGUUUUUCUGUGAGUGGAAACUUUUGUAAUAAAUUAACAAAUUUGUACAA